AGUGUGACAGUAUGACACUGUCCAGUGCCCCGCCUUUACGCAGAGGAAGUACCCCUCUGCCAAUCAAACACCAGCUCAGACGGGAGGAAGCAGUCCAUGAUGAUUGUGAUUGGACAUCAGGGUUGGCUGGACCUUCUCCUCCUCCAAUCAGUUUCAGCCCGGCGAAGGAUGAGACCAUCACCUCAGCGGUAGAGGGGGGACCCUCCUCUGAAGGGCCCUUUCGAAUUGCCCUGCUGGGGCAGAAUGGGGUGGGCAAGUCAUGCCUUGCUAUAGCCUUGGCUGGGGAUUUGGAUAGAACUGCAUCUGUGGAUUCUGAAGGUACAUUGGUGUUUGGAUGUUGACAAAAAUAUAUGAACUAAAUAUCUGCUCGUGACCCGUCUAGUUUUCCCUCAGACUGAGCACUGUUUCUACAAAAAUUGGUCUAUGAUACUAACAGGUCAAAUAUGUGCCGUGCAAAACACCCCAGCAUUGUGUAUGUCAUUUAAAAAAAAAAGCUGAAAACCUUCUUUCCCCCAUCUCCCACCUGAGACUUGCCUGAUAUGUCUCUCUCUCCCUCAGGGGAGGGCUAUGUGCACACUGUUACCGUGGAUGACGAGGACUGCACCAUCCUUAUCUACGACAACUGGAGGCAGGUGAGCCAAACAGCACAUCUGUGGUCCCACUCUACCCCAGCCUUCUCUCUCCCACUCCUUUAUCCUCUGUCUUCCCUCAUGGACUAACUCUUAAUGUGGCGGUUUCAGUGUGGAAAUAUGACAUUCCCCUGUGGGACUCUGUGAUUGACUGGCUUGGAAGCUUAUUAUCAUGUUAUUUUCCACAGGUUUACCUCUGUUGCCCUGGGUACUCUUCAAACGUGUUCAUAGAUGUGUGAGGGCGGGAGCUGCUCACUGAGCAAAUGUACAGUGCUGGGGACAUAUUCUCCUUCAUAUUCUCCUUCUGCUGUUUCAGCUUUCUUUUAUUGUGAUUCUGUUGAUCUAAUUGCAUCACUGACGUCGUUCUCUAGUUGUCUUGUAGGAGAGACCAAGAUAUGUUGGUGAUGCUGCUCUGUCUAUUCUGUUCAGUAGAAUUUGAGUUAGCCUUUUGAUGCAGUCCAGUCUUAAGAGUGGAAUCUUAAAUUCAGAUUUUAGAAUUCUAAUUUAGCAUUGCUCACUCAGUGUCCCUGAAGCAUUGUCAGUGACUUAUGAAGGAUUCACUUAAAGGGCAUCCAGUGUGUGUGUGUGUGUGUGUGUGUGUGUGUGAUUGUAUUCUCUGCGUGUGUCAUCAGUAACUGACGUGGUUCCCAGUUGGUGUGGUAUGGUAAUUUGUCUCUAGGCAGCGGGGAAUCAUAGAAUGAAAGAGCACAGGGCUCCACUCUCACUCUUGAUUGCUGCAGGCAACUUUCACUGCAUACCACCAGAACAAUAUGCAAUCAUGUGUUUGAAAUGUUGAAAAAAUACAAUCACACAGUCUUGGAUAUGAGUCAUUGGUCUGUCUGUCAUAGAGCACUCAUCAUGCCAGAGUUAUAAGGGACAGUUCAAAUGUAUUGGGGGGGUGGGCUGGUCCAACUCAAGGUGUCAUAAAAAAAGAUGUUCAACAUUUUGAUGCCAUAUUUAUAAUUAUAUAAAUAUAAGCAACACAUUUUCCACCAACAGGUUUCUGUGCCAAUGCACUACACAACCAAUAAACAAAGCAUACCGACUUCGGGCACUUCAAUAUCAUGGUUUGCAUUUUCAACACCACAGUAAAUAGACUACGUCAAUCUGGACAAACAGAAAAUACAUCCCUCCCUACCCAGUAUUGAAGGCUUGGCUUGACAAUCUCCGAACGUCAUUCAACUUUUUGGUGUUUCGUAAUAGACGUCUCUUUCCAGUCAUCAAAUGGUCGCUGCACAGUUUGGAUUGAUAGAUUUUAUUUGUCAGUAAAAAAGAUACAUAGAUACACACAGCACAAAGAUUUUUAAAAGUGACCGGGAUUGCACAAUAAAGUCAGGGACUUAUUUCCAGUAUGGUCCAUAUCUUUUACAUAAAUACAUAUUAAAUUACAUAUAAAGUAUACAAACACAUUACAGAGAUACAGAAAAAAAAGGUUAUACUGUUCACACAUUAGCCAGCUUUUGACAUUCUUUUAAAAAGUCGUUAUGGUUGAUAUGGCUUUGAGUUGCUGUGGUAGUUUGUUCCACUCAACAGCGCAGGUAUAUAAAAAUGGGUUCUUACCAGAUAGACUCAUAUAUUUAAAACAGUGAAUAUUAGUGUCUCUGGCUCUGGUAUUAUGCUGGUGGACAUCUCUAACAAAUGAAAAAUUGUUGGAUAGGUACCUGGGGACUUAGGCCGUGGACCAGACCAAGCCUAGCUGCAUAAAAUGCUCAACCUCCAGAUGAGUAUGAGGGGGGAGUUUAAGUAAAGUUCUUACAAGCUUGUUUUGGCUGGUCUGUAGCUUAUUAUUUAGAUGUUUUGGGCUGCUGGUGAACCAUGAUGUGCAGGCAUAAUCAAAGUGACAUUGGACUAGCGCACUUUCCAGAGUCUUUAGGGUGUCUAUAUGUGGAGGCUCCUCAGAGGAGGAAGGGGAGGACCAUCCUCAGUGAAUUUCUUAAAAAUAAAAAUGUUGAAACAUUAAAAAAGUUAUCCUUUUUAGAUAAAACAAUACUAAAUAUAUUCACCUUACCAAAUAAUUGAUUAAAACACACUGUUUUGCAAUGAAGGUCUACAGUAGCCUCAGCAGCACUCUGUAGGGUAGGACUAUGGUAUAGGCAGAGGACAGCUAGCUUAUGUCCUCCUCUGGGUACAUUGACUUCAAUACAAAACCUAGGAGGCUCAUGGUUCUCACCCCCUUCCACAGAUUUACACAGUAAUUAUGACAACUUCUGGAGGACGCAUGAACUGACAUGUUGUCCACCCAAUCAAAGAAUCAGAGAAUGAAUCUAAUACUGAAAGCAUAAGCUACAGCUAGCUAGCACAAUAGUGCAUAAAAUGUGGUAGUUGAAUCAAAGAGAGAGAAAGACAAUAGUUGAACAGUUUUGAACAAAUUAAUUUCUUCCAAAAUUAAGGAGAAGCAAGAGAGAGAGGGAGAGAGAGAGAAAGAUAGCUAUAUUUCGUUGUAUAUUUAUUUCCACUUUCACUUUCACUUACUUAGCUAGUGUCAAAUGCAGCUAGCUAGUUUUGCAUACUCAAACACCCGGCUCAAACAGAGAGGGAUGCUAUGUCAGAUAGCUUGUUAUGGCUAUCCAACACUGGAACUCUUCCAUAAACUUUUGGCUUUAUUAAUUUAUUGCCACCGGGGCCCGCCGAUGUAACUGCUAAACGGAUUUCUGAUGACUAAACUGUACUGCAUUAUUGUAGCGGGUUUACUAACGCCUUAGUUCUAGUAGCUAUGCCUAUGUUGACUAUGACGUGACAAUGAUGUAGGCUGUGUGUAGCAGUUAGCAGUCAUGAUAUGAAGGUUUGGCUUGGAAAGUUUUUUUUGCCUGGUCACAGACAGCUGAUGUGUUCUGCACUGAAGUCCACAAGCAAAGGAAAAAGGUGAGAGGAGGAGAGGGCAUAGAUAGAUGCGAGAUGGAAUUAUACACUGCUCAAAAAAAUAAAGGGAACACUUAAACAACACAAUGUAACUCCAAGUCAAUCACACUUCUGUGAAAUCAAACUGUCCACUUAGGAAGCAACACUGAUUGACAAUAAAUGUCACAUGCUGUUGUGCAAAUGGAAUAGACAACAGGUGGAAAUUAUAGGCAAUUAGCAAGACACCCCCAAUAAAGAAGUGGUUCUUCAGGUGGUGACCACAGACCACUUCUCAGUUCGUAUGCUUCCUGGCUGAUGUUUUGGUCACUUUUGAAUGCUGGCGGUGCUUUCACUCUAGUGGUAGCAUGAGACGGAGUCUACAACCCACACAAGUGGCUCAGGUAGUGCAGCUCAUCCAGGAUGGCACAUCAAUGCGAGCUGUGGCAAGAAGGUUUGCUGUGUCUGUCAGCAUAGUGUCCAGAGCAUGGAGGCGCUACCAGGAGACAGGCCAGUACAUCAGGAGACGUGGAGAAGGCCGUAGGAGGGCAACAACCCAGCAGCAGGACCGCUACCUCCGCCUUUGUGCAAGGAGGAGCAGGAGGAGCACUGCCAGAGCCCUGCAAAAUGACCUCCAGCAGGCCACAAAUGUGCAUGUGUCUGCUCAAACGGUCAGAAACAGACUCCAUGAGGGUGGUAUGAGGGCCCGACGUCCACAGGUGGGGGUUGUGCUUACAGCCCAACACCGUGCAGGACAUUUGGCAUUUGCCAGAGAACACCAAGAUUGGCAAAUUCGCCACUGGCGCCCUGUGCUCUUCACAGAUGAAAGCAGGUUCACACUGAGCACGUGACAGACGUGACAGAGUCUGGAGACGCCGUGGAGAACGUUCUGCUGCCUGCAACAUCCUCCAGCAUGACCGGUUUGGCGGUGGGUCAGUCAUGGUGUGGGGUGGCAUUUCUUUGGGGGGCCGCACAGCCCUCCAUGUGCUCGCCAGAGGUAGCCUGACUGCCAUUAGGUACCGAGAUGAGAUCCUCAGACCCCUUGUGAGACCAUAUGCUGGUGCGGUUGGCCCUGGGUUCCUCCUAAUGCAAGACAAUGCUAGACCUCAUGUGGCUGGAGUGUGUCAGCAGUUCCUGCAAGAGGAAGGCAUUGAUGCUAUGGACUGGCCCGCCCGUUCCCCAGACCUGAAUCCAAUUGAGCACAUCUGGGACAUCAUGUCUCGCUCCAUCCACCAACGCCACGUUGCACCACAGACUGUCCAGGAGUUGGCGGAUGCUUUAGUCCAGGUCUGGGAGGAGAUCCCUCAGGAGACCAUCCGCCACCUCAUCAGGAGCAUGCCCAGGCGUUGUAGGGAGGUCAUACAGUCACGGGGAGGCCACACACACUACUGAGCCUCAUUUUGACUUGUUUUAAGGACAUUACAUCAAAGUUGGAUCAGCCUGUAGUGUGGUUUUCCACUUUAAUUUUGAGGGUGACUCCAAAUCCAGACCUCCAUGGGUUGAUACAUUUGAUUUCCAUUGAUAAUUUUUGUGUGAUUGUGUUGUCAGCACAUUCAACUAUGUAAAGAAAAAAAGUAUUUAAUAAGAUUAUUUCAUUCAUUCAGAUCUAGGAUGUGUUGUUUAAGUGUUCCCUUUAUUUUUUUGAGCAGUGUAUAUACAAUGAGCUGUUUGUAUGUGCCUGGUAUGAAAGUGAACUGUGUUUGAGUGUGAUCAGGGGUGUAUUCAUUGCGCCAAUUCUGUUGAAAAACGUUUCUUAAAACGGGGAUAAACAACUGAAUUUGUUCAAUAGAAACUCUCGUUUGCAACUGUUGGACUAAUGAUUACACCCUAGAUCUACUAGAUGCAGGCAAGAGUUUGCAAGGCGGUAUUGAAUGUGUCACUGUCUGUCACCUUGAUUACUCAAAUUUAUCUCGACCUGUACACCUACGUUGUAAACUUUCAUUCAUAGGCUAGGUUGUAGCAACCUCAUGAUGGGUACAGAGAAAAUUUGAGUAUCAUGUAGUAGCCUAAACCUAUCGAUGUUACAUUGAGCUGGGUGAAUGGAAUAUGAAUGACAGUCGUCUAAUAUGCUGUAAUAUAAAUAAGGCCAUGUACAUAAAAAAUUUUUACCAUCCUCCCUCAUCUUAAACGCACUGACCACCACUGGUGUCUAUAGCUAGGUUUCCAUCCAAUUAGUGACAGAUUUUCAUGUGAAUAUUCUAAAAUCUGCAUAAAAAUUAUAUUGGCAUUUUCUCAUCAGAGUUGUGUUUCCAUGAAAUGGACUUGUUGUGGAUAGAAAUCUGUGCGUAAAUGUGUAGUGCACAUACAAAUAACUUUUGCUGUUAAAUUCAAUGGGUUUCCAUCGCGUUUUCAACUCUAGUGCCUACUGAUGGUUUUGUCACAAAAAACGUUGUGUAGGUAAAGUGAAUGUGCCCACUCUGGGAUUGGCACGUGCACUCUAGCCAACAGCUCGCAGAUACAGUGCGGGUAUAGCCUACAUGAGAUUAGUAUGGACAAAAGUGUGAGUUAUUUUUAUUUGUCAAAUGGCAGCCAAGCAUUGAUCAUCAUGUCAGCAGAAUAAGACUCUCAAUAUUUAUUGACAGGAGCAUCAAGCUCAUCGCUGUGCACUUUCACCACCCUGUGAAGUUCAUCAUAACUUAUUUCAUCUGUAGCCUAAUAAACGGCAUGCUUUCCCAUGAUGUCAUUAAAUUUUUUAUCCAAAGUACUCGCAUAAAAAGGUUGGAUGGAAACCUGGUUAAUGUCAAGCCAUUUUGAGGAUGCUGGGAUUAUAUUUUGGACGAACGUGCGCAUGCCUACAGGAGACUUGAAGUAGCUUAAUCAGAUUAAAACAUUGUGACUGGUUGUGUUUAUGCCACAUAUAAAAGGUAAUACAUUAAAAAAGUUGAAUGACAAAUAUUUAGGCUAUAUUGAAGCGUUAGGUUCUAGGUGCACGAGGACAAGGCGCUCGAAUUGGAGAGGAGGCAGAGCCUGCGUUAAGCUUUCCUGAAUAUCUGGGCCAGCCGGGAGCAUAUGUAGCCACUUUAUUAUAGGACGACUUGGGAGAAUGAUGAUCUGCAACAGACAGCGCAUUCAGUAUCAGAAGUAAAAAUACAGCCAGACUGGCCUGCUACUGUGCCUUUCUAGACCUUAUAAACUGUCUAGAGUCAACUGAUCCAAAUGGAAUGAAACAUUCCAAUUACAGGGCUUUUGCACCAUUAUUCAAAUGACAUUUUCACUGCAGCCUAGACUAGAAUUUUGUACUCAAUUAAAGACAAUAAUGCAAUUAUUCAUUGCAUUGUGGUGUUGUAGGCUAGUCUAGGUAGAAUAAUUGUAUUAUCGCUAAACAAGAUCAAUAGGGGCGCUUUUUGAGCUGCGUGUCUCAAGUCUUCAAGUUUAAAGUGAAAUGCCUUUCUUGCAAACUCAAAACCCGACAAUGCAAUAAUCAAUAGCGAUGUAUUACUAGAAAAAAAACACUCAAGAAAUAAGAAUAGGAAAUAUGAAUUGCACAAUAAAGUAAGUAAGUAAGCAUACUAUACAGGAAAUAUUUUAAAAGUCAGAUCCAAUACCAUAUUUACAUGUGCAGGGAUACUGGAGUGAUGGAGGUAGAUAUGUAUAGGGGUAAGGGGACUAGGCAACAGGAUAUAAGAUAAACAGAGUAGCAGCAGCUUGCAUGUGAGUGGGUGUGUGGGUGUGUAGUCAGGAUACAUGUAUGUGCAUAUUAUGUGUGAGUGAGCAAAUGAUGGACUGAGUGUUUGUGUGUGUGUUGGAGUGACAGUGUGUGUGAGUGUGCAUAGAGACAAAUAUUGAAAUAAAAGGUCAAUAAAGAUACAAGAUAAAAUCAGUCCGCGUAGCUAUUUUGUUAGCUAUUUAUCAGUCGUAUUGCUUAGGGAUAGAAGUUGUUCAAGAGCCUGUUUGUGUCAGACUUGAUGCACCGGUACCUCUUGCUGUGCGGCAGUAGAGAAAAUAGUAAAUGGCUUGUGUGGUUGGGGUUUUUGACGAUUUUCCGGGUCUCCUUUUCACACCGCCUGAUAUAGAGGUCCUGGAUGGCAGGGAGCUCGGCCCCAGUGAUGUACAGGGCUGUCCGCACAACCCUCUGUAAUGCCAUGCCAUCGAGGGUGGUGCUAUUGCCAUACCAAGCAGUGAUGCAGCCAGUCAAUAUGCUCUCAAUUGUACAGCUGUACAACCUUUUCAGGAUUUGAGGGCCCAUGCUAAACUUUUUCAACCUCCUGAGGGGGAAGAGGCACUGUCGCGCCUUCUUCGUGACUGUGCGUGUGUGUUUGGACCAUUUUAAGGCUUUAGUGAUUUGGACAACGAGGAACUUGAAGCUGUCAACUUGCUCCACUGCCGCCCCGUCGAUGUGGAUGGGGGCGUGCUCGCCUCCCCCUUUCCUGUAGUCCAUGAUCAGCUCCUUGGUCUUGCUGACGUUGAGGGAGAGGUUGUUGCUCCGGCACCACACUGCCAGGUCACUGACCUCCUCCCUGUAGGCUGACUCAUCGUCACCGGUGAUCAGGCAUAGCACCAUCGUGUCGUCAGCGAACUUGAUAAUGGUGUUGGAAUCGUGCGUGGCCACACAGUUGAGGAUGAACAGGGAGUAUGGGAGGGGAGUAAGCACACACCCCUGUGGGGCCCCUGAGCACUUCAAUGUUAUUUCAUGCGUAAUGAUGCGCCUGGCCUCUCCGCUGCCUAUCAGCUACUCCUAUUUGUUCUUGUGGAUUCAUAUUUAAAAAAUUAAUGCAGCUUUGAAUGCUUUUAUGUGUGGUAUGGUUGCUAGUUAGCCUAUUGCAGAUCUGGACAAACGAUCCACCUACCACUAUUGUCACUAUGAAUGUUGGAUAGAGGGCAGGAUAGAAAGUUAGACUGGUAGAAUAUAUUGACCUAUGGUGUAGUAAAAGCCCCAGACCAUUAUUCCUCAUCCACCAAACUUUACAGUUGGCACUAUGCAUUCGGGCAGGUAGCGUUUUCCUGACAUCCGCCAAACCCAGAUUCGUCCGUCAGACUGCCAGAUGGUGAAGCGUGAUUCAUCACUCCAGAGAACGCGUUUCCACUGCUCCAGAUCCCAAUGGCAGUGUGCUUUACACCACUCCAGCUGACUCUUGGCAUUGCACAUGGUGAUCUUAGGCUUGUGUGCGGCUGCUCGGCCAUGGAAAACCAAUUCAUGAAGUUCCCGACGAACAGUUAUUGUGCUGACGUUGCUUCCAGAAGCAUUUUGGAACUCAGCAGUGAGUGUUGCAACCAAGGACAGACAAUUUUUACGCGCUAGGCACUUCAGCACUCAGCGGUCCCGUUCUGUGAGCUUGUGUGGCCUACCACUUCGUGGCUGAGCUGUUGUUGCUGCUAGAUGUUUCCACUUCACAAUAAGAGCACUUACAGUUGACUGGGGCAGCUCUAGCAGGGCAGAAAUUUGACGAACUGACUUGUUGGAAAGGUGUCACCCUAUGACGGUGCCACGUUGAAAGUCACUGAGCUCUUCAGGAAGGUCAUUCUACUGCCAAUGUUUGUCUAGGGAGAUGGCAUGGCUGUGUGCUCAAUUUUAUACACCUGUCAGCAAUGGGUGUGGCUGAAACAGGCGAAUCCACAAAUUUGAAGGGGUGUCCACAUACUUUUGUGUAUAUAGUGUAGAUUUGGUUGUUCUAUACACAGUCAAGUAUGACCUCUCUUAUACAUAGGAGUGUAUUCUCAUUGAAAUUCAUAUGACUAAAUGGAAGGUAAAGUGGUAUGGUUGUGGUGAUCUCUCUCCCUCCCUCUAUCAGGACCUGUCUGCUCUCCAGUGUGAGGUGUGUGUCCUGGUGUUCUCUGUGACGGACAGGCGCAGUUUCCACCGCACCGCCCAACUCCGCCUCCUCCUCAGGGAGACGCAGCCGCAAACUCCCAUCAUCCUCGUGGGCAACAAGAGCGACCUAGUCCGUUCACGUGAGGUCAGCACUCAAGGUGAGGCAGCUUGGCCCUCUCUUUGUUACAGGACAGCGAUGGAAUGAUGUACCCCAUUGUCUCUGCAACCUUACGAUGCUUUGUAUAACCUGCAGUGUCCUAGCGCAUAUCUUUCCCUAUAGAUUAUCUCUCCCUAUAGAUGCUCUCUCCUCUCAUUGCCUUGUUCCUGCCUGCCAUCUCCACCCUGUGUGUUGACAGGUUGAGUUCUGUACUGUAUAUCUGCAGGGUAUUGCUGUGGGGGGAGAAUUACAGGAAUACAGACGGAAAGUGGCACAGUGCUUCAGCUGCAGUGCAGUGUGGGAGUAUGGGGGGAGGGAAUGUGCAUGCUGAGAACUGUGCAUGAGAUACUGAGAACACACACCCUAUUCAUCUAGAUGUACAUAUCAACUGAGGAUAUGGCUGUGUGGUGUGUUCAGAAGACCAGCCUGAGCUCGGCUGUUUGGUCCCCCCAACCUAUAACACACAUGUAAACAAAACUCUUGCUCUUUCAAACCUUCUCCAUUUCACCCCCACCCGUCUCUGUGUGAUGUGUUUCUCCAGACUGCAGCUCUUCAGACCUAGCUGUCUCAGAGCCAAGAGCCUUUGUCUUAGUAGGCUUGAGGCAAAGAGCAAGGCAUUCUGCUUAAUUACUUUUCACAGAAGAAAAUAAAAUAAUUUACCAUACCUCUCUUCCUCUGCUGUCAGGGAUAAUUUCAUCUCUAAUAAAAAACACAGUUUUAAUUAGGACCAAUUAGGGCAAUUGCUUCUCACCAUUUUUCAUUGUCUGGCAUCUCAUUCCCUGUGAUCGCUGUCUUGCACUCUAUCUUUUAUAUGCGCUUUUUCCAUCUUUUUAAUAAAUGCUUUCAAUGUGUGUGUGUUUGUCCUGGGAACACUAGUCUGUAAUGACACAAUAAAUCCACAGAGGCAGGGAUAUUGAUAUUGUAGUGUAUCUGAGGUCAACCAGAGAGGAGCUGGGCUGAGUCACAGGACAAUGAGAGAAUAAGUGGUGCUUCAUCAUGUAACUAAUAUGGAUGAACCUGUGACACCAGCACAUCACUGUGUACCCACCCGAAAUGCUCUCAUCCAAAAUGUGUUUACCACUGACAACUGUGCUUAUGGGUGUUUUUCUUUUUCCCUCAUCAUCGUCAUCAUCAUCUCCCUUUUUCUCCCUGUCUCUCUCAGAGGCCCUCACCAGCGCUUCUCUGUUUGACUGUCUGUAUGUGGAGAUGUCAGCCUCUCUGGAUCACCGCACGGCGGAGCUCUUGGAGUAUGCUGUGAGGUUAGCCAGGGGCCUCAACCCGGUGCCCCCAGGGGCCUGUGGGCACGACAUGGCUGGCGGCCGGGAGAGCAUCACCCACCGUGCUAAACGUUUCCUCACUAGCCUGGUCCCACGCUACCCCCGUGAGAGGGAACGAGACGGGGGCAAGUUCUUUAGACAGAAGUCCCGGUCCUGCCAUGACCUGGGUGCCCUGUGAUCAGGGAUGAUGGCGGGAUAGAAGAGGGGUGUCUAGAAAGAGAGCAAGAGGGAAAUACGAUGUAAGCAAUCGCAAAAUAGAGAGGGAUCUGAAGAGGUAAAUUAUGGUUAUGAGAAAAGUGAGUGUAAAUGUGUGAGUGUAAAAGUGAGUGAUGGGAGGAGGAUACAGUAGUGGGGGAUGACACAUGCAUAAAGCAGAGAAGAGCAGGAAGAGAGAAUGGCAUUAAAGAAGUGAUGGAUGUAUCUGGGUUUAUUCAUGUAGAAAUGUUGUACUAGAGAACCAUAGAUGAUAGAUAGAAAACCAUUCAUUAGCUGAACACAUGUAAAUACAACACAAAGCAUCAUAUUGUAGUGGUGGGACUGAUUCUCCACCUCCAUUCCGAUGUGAUUUCAUUGAGGACCAAAUAAAAUACUUUUAG